AUGCCAUCAGUUUCCUUCGCGUCGGACACUGUAGGAAGCACACAAAAACUGGGAGCUGACGAAGAGAAGAUCAAUCGAGGAUCCGCAAUGCAGGAUGGUAGUACUAAUACAGACACAGGUGGAUUGAUGAGUCCGAAUCUCGGCGAGUCAGCCCAAUUACGUGUCCCCACUACAAUGCCAUCACUUGCCAGAGGUUUUUCACUGGUCCCAGAACGACUGGGCAAAAGGGGAUCCUAUAAGAAACAAGGAAACAAAGGAAUGUUUGGUUGCGAAGCGGCCAUGCAAAUGCUCGCUUACCUGGCCGCGCUUUUAACGCUUCCCUUCUCUCUAUUCAUGUGUCUGAAAGUAAUCGCUCAAUAUGAAAGAGCUGUGGUCUUUCGACUGGGUCGUCUGGUCUCUGAGAUCCCAAAGGGUCCUGGACUAGUGUUUAUCUUACCUUGCCUGGAUAACGUGAAAACUAUCGAUUUACGUACGUUCACGUUUAAUGUGCCUACUCAGGAAGUAUUGACUAAGGAUUCCGUCACAGUGGCUGUAGAUGCUGUUGUGUAUUAUCGAAUUUUCGAUCCAGUCAUGUCCGUGGUAAACGUGGAAGAUGCAAAUCGUUCCACUCGCUUGUUGGCACAAACUACUCUGCGGAACGUGCUCGGUACUGUUGAUUUGUACCAGCUCCUAACAGCUAGAGAGCAGAUCGCUCAUUUGAUGCAAGACUGCCUGGAUACUGCGACAGAAACCUGGGGAGUCAAGGUGGAACGGGUGGACAUUAAAGAUGUACGCCUGCCAAUUCAACUUCAACGUGCAAUGGCCGCAGAGGCUGAGGCGGCCCGUGAAGCAAAAGCGAAGGUGAUUGCAGCAGAAGGUGAGCAAAGGGCGUCGGUAGCCUUAAAGGCUGCGGCGCUCGAAAUCGGCGAGUGCCCAAUCGCUCUUCAAUUGCGUUAUCUUCAAACCUUAAGCAGUAUUUCGGAUGAGAAAAAUUCGACAAUAAUAUUUCCUCUUCCGAUUGAUCUGUUGAGCUUGUUUCAUCAAAACAUGGGUUUUAAUGGAGGUAGCAGUUCGUCACGAGUAGAAAGUACCCACAGCGCCGCCUCCCCCAAAGCCGAACAUCGUAGCACUGGCCCGCCGCCUCCACCCCCAAGAGACGGACAAUCCCUAGCUUCUGCGCCACGGCAAUUUGUCAUUACACAAAAGAAUGAGUCUGCGGAAGAGGAUCUUAUAUAA